UUGAAGACGGCCUUGUAUUGGUCACUUGGUCACGUGGCUUGUGAUACUUCCGCUCUCCGGGUUGUUUCGGUAGCUAUGACAACGAGCUUUCCCACCCUGCCACCGAAGUUGUCUUAGAUGGCUACGAAGAUGACUUCCUUCCCCAAACCGCACCGAAAGACUUUAAAAUGCACGGUGUUGUUGGAUAUCCACACAGUGACAUGUCCUGGCAUAGACCUGUAUAAGAAGGGGGGCAUCUACUUCAGUGUUUGCAUCAUGGGGCAGUCUCAGAGGACUUCCUGCUUGCAGCCGCGCUUUCCUCUCCAUUUCAAUCAGCGCUUGGUUUUUGAAAAGACUUUCCCCGGCGUUGUUGACCCCGCCGCAGUGGCUGAACUCCUGAAAGCUGACACUACAUAUUUUGAGCUGAUUCAAUUGGCGUCUCCAGAGAAAAAGACCCUGGCCACAAUGACCGCAAGCAGCAAGCACUUCCUGUACCCCGGUCCCAAUAUGAGUUUCAUUGAUGACUCUACAGGCAGAGAUGCGGAGAUGAGGGCGAGGUCCAGCUCACUUGGUGGAGUCCUGCCCACCGUAGCCUUUUCCGUGUCGUCCUUCAUUGAACAGAGCGAGGAGAGAGAGACGCUGCCUGACAAGAAGAUUCCCUCCACCCAGCAGAAAGUGAUGCCCCGCCUCUCACCACCAAAGCCCCAUGUGACCUUAGCCCCCAGGUCUCCAAACGUCGCAAGGUGGCCGUCACCAAGACGUUGUCCCUCGCCGCGGGCCUGCUUCCAUAUUUCCUGCAAACACAAGGCACAAAGGAAUCCGAAGAUGCACGGUGUUUAUAUGGAACCGGGCUAUCAGCAGCCCACCGUCGCCUCCAUGACACGCGCCCUGUCGCCGUACACCCAUCGGAAAAUGUGCCAGCUCUCCAAAGACGCCGAGCAGAGGCUCAAUCACCUCCAGCUCGGGCCGUACUACUUCAGGAAGGAGACGGAACGCCAGCCUCCAUUUUUGGUUCCGACUUCCAGCAGUCGGAUGGAAAGGUCGCCACAGGAGAGUAGUGUGCACUGCUGCCGCCCAGUCAGCUUCCGAGAUGACAACACUGAUUCUUUCUACGGCCGUUACAGACGCAGAACAUCCAGACAGCAGCAGCAGUUGGGGUUACAUUCGCUGUGCUCGUCGUCUCUUGGGCCGUCAUUUAGACAAGAUGGCCUGACCCGAAGUCCUCAGAGGAGCGCCUCCAUCGCGGCCUCGUCUCAGUAUAGAACCCCUGUGACACCCAUGCAUUCCCACAGGGAAAGACUGCAGACCAGUGAGACCAGUCCAUCAUAUUGGGAGCAGAUCCACAGCCGUGUCCAGAAGAUCCUGCUGACACACGGCGUGUCCUUGGACGCCGAGAUUGACCUCUAACCCUCCCAUCCCAGCUAAAAGUAACUGAAACACAAACACUGUUGGGUAUCGUACAGUAUUUCACAUUCACACACAGACCUUGUUAACAGCACCUAGCAGUGAGUCUCACGCACGCCGUUUCAUCUCCAUUUGAUGAUCAUUCACAUCUAAAACACAUCCCCUCUGGGCCUUUUUGUCUUCCUCCCUGCUUAAAAAGAGCCAUGCUGCAGGGGUGAUGUUAAAAGCCAAGACGAGACAUUUUGUCUUUUUUUUUUCCUCCCAAGCUGCAUGUGAAAUCAUGCGGGAAUAGAAAGAGCAACGUGGGUGUGUAAGUGUGUGUGGGUGUGUAUGUGCAAGCGUGGGAAGGAUGGAAGCUGCAGAUCUUCACAGCACAAGAAGGUAGAGACAAAGGAUGUGACAAAAGAGUGUUGAAUGGAAAGAUUAUGACAAAAAUGAAGGAAUUUACUUUUUAAAUGUAUUGUAAUGAUGGGGUAAUUCUACCAAAAAUCUGCUUUAAUGAAGAAUUGUCAUUCUAAUCAAAGGUGAUUUUAUUUAAAAAAAUGGAAGCCCUUCCACC